CUUCGGCUUACAUAUGCGUGCACCCGGCACCGAUGGAUCACCCGAUGCAGCGCGUCUGCGCGCGCGAGAGUUGGCCGCCUCAACUCCCCUAUCAGCCUAUGCCCCCAAAAUACAUCACAUACAUGUGCAUCCUGACCAUUUCGCGCGCUCUCCUCUUACCGCCGAUUUUAAAAACCGCUGACACCAUGGUUAACCAAGCAACUCUCCAAUAUUCAAAGCCGGGCACCUCGACGGCACAAGCAACCCGGUGGGAACGCCAUCAUCGGGUGCUCGAUUCUCAACCCGAAGAUAACGGAGACGUCCGUUGAGUUGGCUCUAUAAAUAGCAAGAAACCUCGACGACCUAGCUAGUAGUACCAGCAGCGCUCGGUCUGUGUUUCUUUGUCGGAAGCCAUCUCCACGAGAGCACGAGCGUACGCAGCGGAUGACGAAGGACGGCAGCGGCCAGACGGGCGGGUGCCUCUGCAUCGGCGCGCCGAUGCGCGCGCUGUCGAGGGCGUGCGACUCCGCCUGCGACCUCUACGUGCGCGGCAUGUCCGGGUGCGCCAUCCGCGUGCCGGCGGGGGCGGUCGCGGGCGGCCGCGGCUCCGGCUUCGUCAGGUCGGCCACGACCGUGCACCUGUGGACGAGCUCGGACCGUGCCGACGACCUCAUCCGUGCCGUGUCGACGAAGCAGCGCCGCGUGGCGACGGCCGAUCAGCCGGCGGAUGUCGGGGCAGCAAAGAAGGGCCGCCUUAGCGAGGCGGCGCCGGCGAUCGUGCCGGCUCGGAGGAAGGGCCCGGCGAUGGCGACCAUCGCCGAGAACGGGCCGUGCGACUUCGGCGCCUGCGCGCUGAGGCCGACGGAGCUGAGGAAGCGCGCCCCGGCGGUCGGCGGGCAGGGCGCGCGUGCCGGUGGGUUUGUCGCCGUGAUGGAGGGGAGAGAGGCCUUCGUGGCUCGAUCGUGACGCGUGUGUACAAAACUAGUAGCUUCUAGAAUUCCAGAGGUUGAUUUCGCCGGACCAGUUUUCUCACUUUCUCGUGAUUUCUUCCAACAGUUUGACAAGUAGUGCAAAUACUGUAAUGAUGAUCUGCAUAAAAUAUAGUGCAGAUAUGACGAUGACAAAGCUUUGUUUUUUUAA